AUAUUCUGUUUUGGGCGGAAAUAGUUUUGGACCGAGCGGACCAUCUUGUCUACAGCUGCUGAGUCCAGUUCUGUUUAUUGUAAACUCUGUUUCUCCUAGUAUUUACUAAUGUUAAUGUGCUGUUUAUUCUCCUUUCGGUGUAAGCAGUGAUUCAAGUUUUAGUUAGGCAUAUGUGUGGAGAUUAAUCCUUGUACAGUCUUUAGUAUUUCCUUUUACAGGCUACUACUUCAUAGUUAACUUCCUCUGAAAGUCUUACCCCCAGAGAGACUUUCUUUCUUUGUAGAAGCGUUUCAAAGAAACUGUGUUAUUAGCUGUAGAUAAGAUGUCUUGAUUUUGCUAUUUGAUGCAUUUUCUUAAAUAAACCAAUCACAGUGAUCACGCUUUGGGGGGUUAUUGGGCAGUUUCAUCGCCUGCGUAAAAUCUGCGUCAUCGGUGCAUAUAUAUGUCUCUUGACGUUUCUUCGGUUAACAUUUAUCACCCAGAUUGAAAAUCGCAGAAAAAUCCACAGCUGCUAUCGUUCAUGUCGAGAUUUACGACAUCUAAUAAUCUCGUGGCGCUGGUGGUGCUGCGCCCUUCCCGUCCGAUGCGUAAAAGAGCACCAUGACUAGCAGAGCACCGGCAGGCUUCACACACUUUGCCAGAAAGAGCCAAGCCGGCGUGAGAGUGAGUUGAGUAACAAAGAGAGUGUGGGAGAGCCCUCCCCCCGUCAAAUGUAUCGAUGGAUCCACACCUUCAUAACCCAACUCUUCUUCAGCCUCGCGCAGAUGGCCAAAGUGUCCAAACCAGACCGUGAAACUCUUCAGCCAAUAGAUUAGUUAUUUAACUCUUCAUCCACUGCUUUGUUGUACUUAGCGUGUAGUGAAAGUCAAAGUAGCCACACACCCUCUGGCCCCAAAGCACUUGGCUACACGUGAAUGCCUGCCGGUCUCCCAGCGCACUCCACGCUUGCGCUAGUUAUGCCAUGCCGCGAAGUCAUACCGGCGACGAAAGCGGCGGCAGCGGGAUCUGGCUAAAGACCUCGACUGGACGUCGGGGGCAGGACUACCCACUGAAAGAUGUGGAGUGCGGACGGCAGACUAUGAAUAACGUUGUGGGAGUCGGGGACGGUCUCCUGUCUCCAGCCGCGGCAGGUGCGGUGGGAGCGGAGAGGAAACAGGGCGCCCGCCUGAGUCUGCUGGGGAAGCCGCUGACCUACAGCGCGCAGAGCAACCGCAGAAACGCACGCUACCGGCGGCUCCAGAAUUACCUCUACAACGUUUUGGAAAGACCGAGGGAAUGGGCUUUUGUCUACCACGCUUUUGUGUUUAUCCUGGUAUUCGGAUGUCUAGUUCUCUCUGUGUUUUCCACCAUCCCUGCUCACCAGGAGUUCUCUUCACACUGCCUGCUCAUCCUGGAGUUUGUGAUGAUUGUAGUGUUUGGCCUGGAGUACAUCAUCAGGAUAUGGAGUGCUGGCUGCUGUUGCCGCUAUCGAGGCUGGCAGGGACGUCUCCGCUUUGCCAGAAAACCGUUUUGUGUCAUAGACAUCAUCGUACUUAUCGCCUCAGUUGCUGUGGUUUCAGCUGGUAGCCAGGGUAACAUCUUUGCCACAUCUGCGCUGCGUAGCCUUCGCUUCCUUCAGAUCCUGCGCAUGGUGCGCAUGGACCGUAGGGGAGGGACCUGGAAACUGCUUGGAUCUGUAGUUUACGCACAUAGUAAGGAGCUGGUGACUGCCUGGUAUAUAGGGUUUCUGGUGCUGAUCUUCUCCUCCUUCUUGGUCUAUCUGGUGGAGAAAGAAUUCAACAAGGAGUUUGCGACCUACGCCGAUGCUCUGUGGUGGGGCACGAUCACCCUUACAACCAUUGGCUACGGUGACAAGACCCCACAGACGUGGACAGGGCGGUUAUUAUCGGCGUGUUUUGCUCUGCUGGGGAUCUCCUUUUUUGCCCUGCCAGCUGGCAUCCUAGGUUCAGGCUUUGCCCUGAAGGUGCAGGAGCAGCAUCGACAAAAGCACUUUGAAAAAAGGAGGAACCCAGCUGCCAGCCUCAUCCAGGCAGCUUGGCGUAUGUACUCCACCGACGGUGCUCGUCCCUACCUCAGAGCCACCUGGCACCACUACCAAAGCGCUCUCCCCCCCCUCAGGCAUGUAUCCCCUCCACCAGCACCACCACCAUCACUGCCCCACCUCCCUUCAACAUCCCCCAACCGCACCGCAUCAACACUCCCCCCAAAAACUAAUCAGUGUGUCUGGCGUAGUUAUGCUGCUGAUGAGAACUCGGUUUCCAUUGCUACCUGGAAGCCUCAUUUGAAGGCGUUGCAUACCUGCAGCCCCGCCAAGAAAGAGCAGGGCGAGGCUACUUACAGCUCUUUCUCUGUCACUGCAAUCCUUAACUCACAUUCUUCACUUUUCUUCACUUUUUCCUCUCUAUAUCUGAUCAUUCUUUCUAUCCCUCCUACUCCCCCCGUGUCUUUUCUCUCUCACAUCUUUCCUACUUUACUACUAUCUUACCUCUUUCCUUUCUACUGGUAUGAAUGUUUCUCACCAUAUCCUCUGUCAUCUUCUCUGCUCCUCUUCUAUUUUCUCUCUCUCUUGUCUUCCCUCUCUCCAUGCAGUCAGAAGUUGAGCUUUAAAGAACGGGUCCGCAUGGCGAGCCCUCGUGGUCAGAGUAUGAAGAGCCGGCAGACGUCCAUGAAUGACCGCCAACGCUGUUCCCCUGGCAACGAGAUGGUGGGCAGCACAGAACUGAUGGGUGGCAGUCCUGCCAAAGUGCAGAAGAGCUGGAGCUUCAAUGAUCGGACCCGGUUUAGGCCGUCUCUGAGGUUGAAGAGCCAGCCUCGUACAGCUGUCCCAGAUGUGGACACAGGCAUGACCACAGAGGAAUCCUUUGAUGAGCGAGGGUGCCACUGCGAUGUUACUGUGGAGGAUCUAUCAGCACCUCUCAAGGCUGUCAUCAGAGCUGUCAGGAUCAUGAAGUUCCACGUAGCAAAGAAGAAGUUUAAGGAGACGCUGCGUCCGUAUGACGUGAAGGACGUGAUUGAGCAGUACUCUGCAGGUCAUCUGGAUAUGCUCUGUCGCAUCAAGAGCCUUCAGACCAGGGUGGAUCAGAUCUUGGGAAAAGGCCAGAUUCCUGUGGAUAAAAAAAUGAGGGACAAACUGCACCCAGAUGGAGACUCUCUAGAGGGCAUGAGCAUGCUUGGACGUGUGUGUAAGGUGGAGAGGCAGGUAACUUCCAUUGAAUCAAAGUUGGACUCGUUGCUGGAUAUUUACCGCCAAGUCCUACAGAAAGGCCCCUCAGCACUCACCCUCUCCUCCCUCCCCCUCUUUGAGCUGGAGAACCAGCACCAUAACUCGGACUACCCAACCUCAAUCAUUGGCAGGGAUCUUCCCUCCCCUCAGGGAGGUGAGCCUGUUGGAAGCGGAGGAGACAACAGUGGCGGCAUGCGUCGUUCUCUCAAUCCCAACCCGAGAGGCUUACGGCUCAUCCUGGCACCAGCUGAUGACGAUGCUCCUCCAGACUCAGCACCUCCAUCCUAUCCACCAUCCACAGCCUCGCUCUCCCCAUCACCUCUGCUGCCCCCUGAUAGCCCUUAUCCAACUUUGGUCACCACCAAUGGUACCCCGAAAAAAGCACACUUCCCUGAUCUGCCGCCCCCACCUUCCUCGACGGGGAAUUUCACUCUUCAGCUCCCCCCUAUGGUACACCCCUCUCACCUCCGAUGCCCUGCUGACCCCAUCUCAGAUGAUCUGACAGAUGGAGUGGCAGUGGACGAGGAAAGCUCUGGCCCCUCUGUUGUUGUAGGAUGCGGUAUGGAUUCUGACCAAGAAGCUGACAACCAGGCAGCCUUUGGCCAGGGAACGGUUCAGCUGCGGGAGAAGCCUAGCUUGAAAUCUGAGGGGGUCUGGAGGAGGCACAUGAGCCUUGAGGUGAAGCCCUUGCUGCUUCUCUCUUCGAGCCCAGAUGGGAGGGCUUCAGACUGGGAAGGUGGUCUUGGGAAGUCGAUCUCUGUGCAGAACCUCAGUCAACCUUUGACCAACCGUGCCCCUGGUCUCUCCUCUGCACUCAACAACAGCAGCAGCAGCAAUGGUAGCGAACGCAGCAAUGCCCAUGAUGAUCUUAACAACUGGGAUGAUACAGAACUCUUUAUUAGAGAGUGCAAACUACAAACAUCAGAGGAACAUUUUGACUUCCUGUCACAGGGACCUGGCAGCAGCACCUCAGACCUUUUAAAGACUGUGGAGGAGGCUGCACCUCACCCAAAAGGAAAGUCAGAGUUUCUCAGUCAGUCCUCACACAUACAGCUGGCAUAACUACACUUACUGACAGACACACAUUUCCAUACUGUAUGUAAACACCACUGUGGGUGAAGCCACUUUUUAAAAUAUUUUUACAGGGCAGUAAACAGAUUAUGUUGCAAGUUUUACAAAUAAAUCCUUUCUAUAUGAACAAUGUUUUGAUAUUUUGUCUAACACUUUUAUUCCCAGUUGCAUACACACUUUUCAUAGGGUACUAAAAUUACUACAGCCUAUACAGUAAAUGAAUGUACACGUAUGUAUGCAAGUGGUCAUACUCAUGUAAGACAAAAUAUACAAUCAAUACACAAAAAUGAAAAUAAUCUUGCUGGAAAAACAAUAUUUUGAUUUUAUACAAAAAUGACCAAGCUUUUCAUAUUUACUAUCAUAAAUUAAAGAAAAAGAUGCUUAAUUUGAAAUGAAGAGGAAUCAUGGAAGGAAUCCUAAUUUUAUUUCUAGAUCCAGACUUGUUGGAAAAGCUGUAGAUGCAAAUCAAAUAAUGUGGCUCAUUGUGAGAAAAAGUUACUGUCCAACAAUUUUACAUUUUUGCUGAGUCUGGCUCAGCCUGCAAACCCAAUUUGGAGUCUAACUUUUCACUUUACAAAUUAAAGGAUAAUGGAAGAAGAAUGCUGAAUAACUGUCUCACAGCCAGAACUACUUGCAAGGUACAGAGUAGCUUAAGCUCAAAGAAAUCACUCUAACUCAUUGGUCAGCUUCUACGCACGUGGUGAAACCAGCAAUCACAUGUACAUGCACAUCCACCGAACUCUUUCACACUCUGACAGUUGUGACCAUUAACAAUAACUACCAAGAACUCUAAGAAAGGCCAACUUGACAAAGAGCUGAGACUGACUAAGAACUUUUUUUUUCUUGGAAGAAGCAGAGAGUCACUCACUCUGCUAGUUCACUGUCUGUCUUUGGCAACUUAAAAUGUCAUCUUUUACUUACUGUAUGCUUUCAUACAUAUCACUACAUGGACAGUUUGAAAAACAAAAUAAAAAUAAAGGAAAUAAAGGGCGAGGCCUGGUGUGAGAGAAACAGCUGAAGUAUAAAAACGUAAAGGUUGAACCAGGGUUGCAUGUGUGCAGACUACAGAAAUCUCGUUUUCUUCAUUUCCUACAAUUGCUGAAGUGUUUGUUAAUGUUGAUGUGGUUGGAUGGUUGGUCUAAUCUGUCAGGAAACUGUAACUAAAUUUGAAUGCAGCAGACCUAAUGGGAAGAAAUGUCCUAUCAGCACUGACUUAAAACAAGUGUUGGAAUUUUUCCCACUUGGUUUGGAUAGUAGCCCAGUAAGUUGGAUGCAGCUGUUUUGAAUAUUGAACUGUGGUAGACUUUUAAGUGGGCUUUCUCAGCCAAGCAUGAAAUGCUGCAUGUCUAAGCUGUAAUUCAAAAGUGCUCAUGCAUUUCCUGGUGACUCAGACCUUCAUCUGCAUGUCAAAAUAAUGUUUACUCCAAACUUUUAACAAAAUGGUACGAACAAAGUCUGCCUACAUGAUCAAUAUUAUCUGAACUAAUUUGAUAGAAGUUAAAACCUGUGUUGCUACUUAUGUGGAUAACCCACUUACUAUUUUAUGACAAAACUACAACAUUUAAAGGCCAUUUGUUGUGAUCAAACUAGAAAAACCUCAUUGAUAUUUUCUGUGACUUCUCUGAUCAAGACUGAUCUUAGAUUGAGAUUAUAUGUGGCUUAUAUAAGGACUCUUUUCACCAGGAUGUUGGUACGCACUUCAUCCUCACUCACCUCAGUCCUAAUUAGAAUAUUUAACCAUUCUGGGUUUUAUUGUCACUAUCUCGAAAAUGACUAAAGUGGACCGUUUAUAUUAUGGUACAUUUAAUCUUUAAGGAGAUGUAGAGGCUUGUAUGUUUUCAGUGUUAGAGUUUUGAAAAACUGGUGUCUUGAAAGUGUCUUAAUAAACAGUGUUUGCAUUGCUGCCUUUCUUUCUUUUAGAUAGGUUGACUGGUGUUUAAAUGAGAAUUAUGCACAAAAACUAUGUCAGCCAUCUUCAUUUUUGUUAGUCAUUUUGAUUUGUUUUGUAUGUUGUCACAGAAGUCUUAAAAUGUAUUGUUUGUGCUAUUCGUGUCCUUUUAUUCAUCUUUUUUUUUCUGUUAUAUCCCCAGAGAGUUAAGUGCAUUUCUUAGAAAAUUAACAUCCUGUAAAAGAAUAUAGCAAGUAUUAUCUUCUGACAAAUGACAACUGCUAACACUUGUAGACUGAUUUUAAAGUGUUUUGUAGCCCAUGAAGAAGUUGUUCUGGUAUGAUAAAAUAUAUUGUCAUCAUGAAAGCACAGUGUGUUUCUGUUGAGAUUGACCUGGAAAUGUGACAUUGUAGUUUAUGUUUAUGUAAUAUUGACAUAGGUUUGAGUUGUAGCUAUUGAUUGAGCUUUGUUAAAAAUGAGAACAGGCCAAAUCCAUAAGUAACAAUGAAGCAAGACACCAAACACAGAUGGGACAACCUUAAAAACUGCAAUUGUUGCCCUCCCCUCCCAAAGAAAACAUGCAUAUUUUUGCUGUCUGUAUAUUGCUUGAGAAUCCUUCUGUUAUUUUUUUCUUCUUCACGGAGCUAUAAAGGCCUAGUUUGCCUACAGACUAUGCAUAUUGUAUAGUUGAAGUCAAACUCCUGCUUUUCAGUUGGGCAUCCAGUUCACUUAAGUUAUGUCGCUUUGGUCACAGACUUUAUAUGGCUUUGAUGGCUAAUAAUACCAUUUCUGUAUUGCUUGAACGAUAAUUUAUUACACAACUGGCCUUAAAGCUUGAUAAUGUUAACUUUAUUAUUUCUUUGAAAUUAAUUUAUUAAAGUGCACACUAUGUUCUCUGGAUGAGAAAUGCAAAGAAUUUUAUUAUUCAUUAAUAAAGUACAGGUUAUC